CACACGCAUUUUAGUAUUUUACACACACGCAUUGCACCGCUGCACGUCGUCAGUCAGUCAGCUCGUAGGCCGACGUCGAUUUUCGUCGUAUUAUUAUUAUUAUUAUUAAUAUAAUAUUAUUAAUUUCGUAUUCCGUACCGACGACUGUCCGGCGCGCGCUCUUGUGUGUGUGUGUGUGUGCGUGCGUGAGCGUCGUGAGUGUCGACAACGUUCGGGAAAAAUCUACGACUCGCCCGCGUCUUUCCCGAUCAUCGAUUUUCACGAUCCCAGUGCCGCCGGGCAUAUCGCGCGAUACACGUUUUAACCUCAAAUAUUAAAUUAAAAAAAAUUUGUAUACUACGUACGUGACUCGUACGCGUAAUUGAUAACGACAACAAUCAUACAACCUUUAACAACAAUACGGUUAUUAACGGUUUCGCGCGCCGUUUCGUGUUUUUUUUUUAAAAAACGAUUAUAUCGGUUUUUUUCUCGAUAUCUCUUAUUCGCAACUUUGUUUUUUUUCGGUCUUACUACAUGUGUCGCGUAGUAUAGUGUUAUUAGUUGAGCGUUCUGAAUUUCGCGUCCUGCCGACCGCCCGCUGACGAGAAAACGGCUUCCGCUCUUCCUGUCUCGACCGUCCGCUCGUCGUCAGCCAUGAGCAUGUUCCGGGCCUACCACCAGGGCAACACCGCCACCGCCGCCGCCGCGCCCGCCGUGGACACCGGCGCUAACCGCAACAUGGUGUCGGUGCCCGGCGACCUGAGCCUGGUAUACCCGCACGCCGCGGCUGCCGCCGCAUGGAAUUUCAACGUGUUCCACCGAGGUUUCAUCAACUCGAACACUCUACAUUCUCUAGCUCACCUACACGGUAAAUCGCCCUUUUUUCAAACACUCGAAGAUCAAACGGGAUUGUUGGACGACUCUGGUUCGCAUUUGAUCGAUACAUCCGUGCAAGCUCUGACGUCGCCAUCUCGGUCGUCGCCCCACAGUCAAGGAUCGGAAAGCAGCGAAAGGUUUUCCAGGAAAGUUUUUGUAGGCGGCUUGCCACCGGACAUCGACGAAGAUGAAAUCACAGCUAGUUUCCGCAGAUUCGGUCAACUGGUGGUCGACUGGCCUCACAAAGCUGAGAGCAAGUCUUACUUUCCGCCAAAAGGAUACGCUUUUCUUUUAUUUCAGGACGAGUCUUCGGUACAGCAAUUGAUCGACGCGUGCAUUCAGGACGACGACAAACUAUACUUGUGCGUGUCUUCUCCGACCAUCAAAGACAAACCGGUGCAAAUCAGGCCUUGGCGUCUGUCCGACGCCGAUUUUGUGCUGGACGCAUCCAUGCCGCUAGAUCCUCGGAAAACCGUGUUCGUGGGUGGCGUACCCAGACCGUUGAAAGCCGUCGAAUUGGCUAUGAUCAUGGACAGAUUGUACGGCGGAGUGUGUUACGCGGGAAUCGACACCGAUCCAGAGCUUAAAUAUCCAAAAGGAGCCGGCCGAGUAGCAUUUAGCAAUCAACAGAGCUAUAUUGCCGCCAUUAGCGCCCGCUUCGUACAGCUCCAGCACGGUGACAUCGACAAGAGAGUUGAAGUCAAACCGUACGUGCUUGACGAUCAGAUGUGCGACGAGUGCCAAGGACAGAGAUGUGGUGGCAAGUUCGCACCGUUCUUUUGCGCCAACGUCACUUGUUUACAAGUAAGCGAGCCUACUAUUGCGAGCUAUGCUGGGCAACGAUCCACUCGAGACCGGGCCGGGAAUUUCACAAGCCGUUAGUUAAAGAAGGCGCAGAACGUCCAAGAACUGUGCCUUUCCGUUGGUCAUAACGUAAGAUUCCGUAACGAGUAGUCACAUUUUAUUAAUCCACUUGUUUGUUUUGUUUUUUUAUUUUAUUUUAUUAUUCUUACGCAUGUUUAUACAAAUGAUAUAAAAAAAUUUAAUGUUUUUGAAUAGUCUUUUUAAAAUCUGUCGUUUUUUAAUGCGAGAACUGUUUUUUACAAUUUUUUUUAAUCUACCUUUAUUACACAAUUAAGCCUCUACUGACUUAGGGAAAUUGACGGUUUUUUUUUAUUGUAAUUAUUCUUUAGGACUAUUUAAAUAAUUCAGGGUAAACACAAUGGAUAGGGCUCUUUACACCGAGCAAAAAC